AUGAAAACUCAAAUUAUCCUAUUGGGUUCAAUUGGACUACUCUUAAACUUUGGAUAUAGCAAGUAAGCAUAGAAAAAAGUGGACACUCCCUCAGUUGAAGCUUAAAAUGAUAUCAUAGCUUAUGGUUUUGGUGCUAUGUCAGGGCUAUAUUCUGCCUAUGCAAAUGAUUAGAAUGAUUGCUUUGGAAGUGCAUGGUAAGUCUCUUAGGAUUUGGUGAAAUUUUCCGAAUAUCAAAAGUACACUUUCAAAGAGCCGAUAGCUUGGAUCACAUAUUUUGUUGAUGCGGCAUUUUUCGCUCAUGAUCUGAUUUACUCACUUCAAAAUUGCGGAUACAGCAUCGCUGUAAGUGUUUCAAGAUAAUCACCAGGAAUUCAUCUAGUACAAGCACAGAAGAAACUUAUACCUGAUAUUGUUUCCUAAAUUCUAAAACCUAUUAUGAUUUUACUUGAGGGGGUAGACAUUUACUUAACUCUAAGCAGUGCAUACAAAUAUUUCCUUACAAAACAUAUCACUUCAUUCAUUGCUAGCGCCGCCUUUUAUUUGCUCAGUUUACUAUGA